GGUGCGCCUCGCUCUGCGCGCGCCUUCCCCAUCCCCUCAGCUUCUUGGCGGGAAAGGCACCUCGCUCUGCGCGCGCCUUCCCCCCCCCCUCCCCUCAGCUUCUUGCCCUCGGUUGUCCCGAGAGGGAGAAGGGUUACACAUAAGGGGGGGGGGGGGAGGCAAUGCGACUGCGCAGGGGCUUUGCAGCGAGGAGGGCGCCCGCCUGCAUUGCGUCGGCUGGACUGAGGACCCGGCUGGGUUCCAACGCUCCUCCUUCAAAAAGAGGAAAAGCAACGUGGGCUCUCGAGCCGGCCCAGGUGCCCCUGAGAGGCGGGAAGGGGCUCGGCACGCGCCGCCCCUCCAUCCCUCCCUGCCUGCGGCCCCGCCCCCCCUCCUCCUCCCUCCGCGCGCCGCCUUGCCUUGCACCAAAGAGCGCUCGGGUUUCUGCUGAGGCUGCAGCGCAGGAGGGAGGCAAUGAGGGAGGCAGGGGCGGCUCGCGCCCGACUGUCCCGAGCCCCGCCCCCCGCGCGCUGCCCCGAGUAGCCGCAGAGGAGGCUGCUGUGCCUGCGGGAGGGGGAGGGGGGCGCCUCGGAGCCCCUCUCAGGGAUCCCUCCGUCUUGUCCUCUCUCCCUCGGAUGAAUAUUUCAGCGUGGCACCGGCCUGCCCUGUAAAACGAUCCGCAUCUUCCUCCUCUUCCUCCUUCUCCUCCUCCUCGGAAGGGCUGCGGCGGCGUUGGAGGAGGAGGUCUGCUGCUGCUGCUGCUGCUGCCGCGCUGCGGAUGCUGCUGCUGCAAAAGCCGGAGCAGCGCCUUGACGCAGUCUGGCCGGCUCCAGCUCCAGUACGAACCAGUUGCCUGAAGUGAGCUUUAUUUUUUUAUAUAUAUAAAUCACUAUCAUAAAGUGGAAGAGGCCAAUCCAGAGCGAGAAAGAGAGAGAGAGAAGUCGGUGGAUAGUGCUGAGUCGACAUUUCAACCAACUCUGGUACCCGGCGCUCUGUUUAUGUCUUCGUCUGUAUUGAGGGAAAGUUUGCGACAGUAGCCGCAAUACAGCAGCAGCAGCAGCAGCAUGGUCACACCUGGGAGUGAAAUGAAGGAUCUGUGCUGAAAGCCAGAAGCGGAUCCAUGAUGUUUGUGCUGAUCCCGCGGCCCUCCCUUUGUUCUUAAGUGCAACCAGGUACAGUUUGUCCCCUUCCCCGUCCCCUCCUUCCCAAGUGAUCCUCACCCAACAUUCUUUCUUUUUCCCAGUCGUGAUGCCCUUCAGUCCAUUCCUCCUUCUUUACCCUUGAGUUCCCCAACCUUGAUGUCCACCCUCUUUGAAACAGGAGACCAAAGAAAGGCGGUCUUCACCACUUUAUUUCCGCAUAUCAAGCCUUCUCUGUUCUUCAUGCUUCAGCUCUGGCAGCUUUUUGUUUUGGAUCCCGUCUCCUUCUAUAUCUUACCAGCUUUGUAGUUGUUUUUUCCACUUCCACCAUGACUGUCAUGGCUGGGGAUCACAUGGAUGAGACGUCUGCUUUGCCGGGCCACCUUCAGGACAGCUAUAGGCCCGGGACUCACGACGACCACGAAUGCUGUGAGAGAGUUGUGAUCAACAUUGCGGGCCUGAGAUUUGAAACCCAGCUGAAAACCCUGGCCCAGUUUCCCAAUACUUUGCUGGGGAACCCAAAGAAGCGCAUGCAGUAUUUUGACCCGUUGCGGAAUGAAUACUUUUUUGACCGGAACCGGCCCAGUUUUGAUGCCAUCCUCUAUUAUUACCAGUCUGGGGGGCGGCUCCGCAGGCCGGUCAACGUGCCCUUAGAAAUGUUCACCGAGGAGAUCAAGUUCUACGAACUGGGAGAGGAGGCCAUGGAGAAAUUCCGGGAAGAUGAAGGGUUCAUUAAAGAGGAAGAGAGGCCGUUGCCUGAUAAGGAAUAUCAAAGGCAAGUAUGGCUCCUCUUUGAAUAUCCUGAGAGCUCUGGGCCCGCCCGGGUCAUUGCAAUAGUCUCUGUCAUGGUGAUCUUAAUCUCCAUAGUGAUAUUUUGUCUGGAAACUUUGCCAGCCCUGAAAGACCAGGACAGGGAAUAUACAGGACCCCUAAACCGCAGUGACAAUUCCACCAUUUAUUACAAGUCCAAUAUCUUUACUGAUCCCUUCUUUAUUGUGGAGACACUCUGCAUCAUUUGGUUUUCCUUUGAAUUGGUGGUGCGCUUUUUUGCCUGCCCCAGCAAAGCCGAGUUCUUCAAGAAUAUCAUGAACUUCAUUGACAUAGUGGCCAUCAUCCCGUAUUUCAUCACUCUGGGCACAGAGAUGGCUGAGCAGAAGGGGCCCCCAAAGGGGGAGCAAGCCACCUCUCUGGCCAUCCUCAGAGUCAUCAGAUUGGUAAGAGUCUUUAGAAUCUUCAAACUCUCAAGACAUUCUAAGGGCCUUCAGAUCCUGGGACAGACCCUCAAAGCGAGCAUGAGGGAGUUAGGCUUACUAAUCUUUUUCCUCUUCAUUGGGGUGAUUUUGUUCUCCAGCGCGGUGUAUUUUGCUGAGGCUGAAGAACCUGAAACUCAUUUCGACAGCAUCCCUGAUGCUUUCUGGUGGGCAGUGGUAUCCAUGACCACUGUAGGAUAUGGUGACAUGUACCCUGUGACAAUUGGAGGCAAAAUCGUGGGCUCCUUGUGUGCCAUUGCUGGUGUGCUGACAAUUGCCCUGCCUGUACCUGUCAUUGUGUCCAACUUCAACUACUUCUACCACCGAGAAACAGAAGGGGAAGAACAGGCUCAGUUACUUAGAGUUAGCUCUCCUAAUUUAGCCUCUGACAGUGAUCUGAGUCGCCGUAGCUCCUCCACAGUCAGCAAAUCUGAGUACAUGGAGAUUGAAGAGGAUAUGAAUAAUAGUAUAGACAAUUUUAGAGAGGCAAACCUCAGAACUGGCAACUAUACCAUAGCCAACCAAAACUGUGUUAAUAAAAGCAAGCUGCUUACUGAUGUUUAAAAACAUGUAGUAAAGGAAACAUGGCAGCUUGAAGACUUUUAAUGACUGGCAGACACACUUCAUAGAUGCUUUAUGAAUAGCCUUUGAAUGCUUUACCUCGUAAAUGCAUUGUUGCAUUGCGAAUUCUUGCUCAGUGAUUCAAGAAGCUUUCAUGAUCCAUGAAAGAAAUCCACUUUUUGUUUGUUUUCAAUGAAUAUUUUCCAGUUGGUAUGAACAGUUAACUAUAAUUCUUUGGAUUAGUCUAGUUAUAAAUAAGAAUUGUAUGCUUCUAGCGCUAGUCAUUUUGCCAUUACUUUUCGUUGUUUAAUUUAAUUUGAAAAUUCAAAGAGAACUCUUACAAAUAUUUAAAAUAUGCAUGGAUGGGUGGGGGUGGGCCUACAACAAAAACACUGCACAAUGCAUCCAAGAAAUUGCAUCCAAACAAUAUUCAUCCUAAUGUGCAGUAAGUAUUUGCCACUGUUUAGACUGACUGACAUGUAUUUCCUUCUUUUGUGAAAGGUUUUGUAGUUUGAUCUACAAAUCCACACACAGCACCUUAUAAAAAUAUUCCAGGUCUUUUGAUUUUGCUGAAUACACUUUUUAAAUUGAACAGUUAUUCUCUAUGGAUUUGGGGGGUGGGAAGGUGGAGGGAAACAACAUCUGCAAUGCUGCUAAGAUUUAUUAAGUGCAGAUGGUUUUAAUGUAUUUUUUUCCAUUCUCCAAAACUGGAUGCAAACCUUUUUAGCUCCUUUGUUGCAAGAUAGCACAAUAGAAUUUAAUAUAAGCAUGUUUGACUUUGAUACUAUCUAUUUUAUAACUGCAUGCCUUGAAACAUUACCUCAGACAAUAGGGGAUAAGCUUUUGUUUGAACUAUUUUUUUCUUUGAAAUAGGCCCUUUUUAUUUCAAUUUGCAUUCACCAAAAGUGCACUCCUUUUUAUUUAUUAAGUAUUGGAUUAUUAUCUUAAAGUACUGUAUUUAAGUGCAUAUGUCAAAUGGGAACAAUAAUUUUGGAGAUCAAAGCAUGCUAAAAUAUUCAGCGUUAUGGCCUAUUUGACUAAAGUGUAGCUCUAAUUAAUGCAUGAUUUCAGUAAUUUAAGAAAAAUUGCUUGUUGGGACGGAGGGCCAGGAAUGAGAGCAAUUUGACGAUUUUCCUGUGUUCCACAGGAAAAUGAGUUGGCUUCUGUCUAGUCCUUGUUAGAAAGUAAGAUAGCCCAUCCCUUAAAGGGACAUUUAUAUGAAAAAUUAACAAUUUAAAUUUAUAUAUAGCAAUGUCUAAAUAUUCUGUAUCUCUUAGAAAAGAGAAAAAGAUGCAGAAGCAUGCCUUUUGGUGCAUUCUUAGAAUGUAAAAUGAAACUUGCCUAUUAUAUGCAUCCAAAUUACAGCCCAGUUCUUGUGCAGUCAUUUGAACCUUAGAAAUUUUGUAUUCCCUUAGGAUUCUCUGAAGAGACUUAACCAGUUGAUUUUAGAUAGUUGCUUAGUGCCUUUAUCCUUAACAGCCACUGAACUGCUGAAAGUGCCUCUAUGAAAAGAGCUGAUCCCAAGUAGGCAUGGAUGAGUCAGCUGGACCAUGUCAGGACUCUGCUGUUCCUAAUGCAGGCACCACAGAAGGAGCAAGGGAGGGGGGGGCAACAACAACGAAGACAAUAUGCAAAGCAAAGAGGCAGAAGAAGAGGGCAGAAACCACUAGCACUCAUGCACCCUCAGUUUCCUUCGGUGCUUUCCCCCUCUACAGCAGAGUGAUAUUGCAACCUAGCCUUUGCCUUUACCAAAUACGUUGCAAUCAUAAGUAUGCAGAAUGUAACCAGUUUGCUUGUAGAGACUCUACUAACCUCCGUAUUCUGGACUGGGCAAUGGGGAGACAGUACGGAGCUGGGCCGCCCUUCCUUCAGGAUGGCUGUUUGGCAGCCCAUCUCCAAACACAAGAGGAUGGAAAGGCCAUCAUUGACAGCAGGAGUGCAGUGAGCCAGGAUAGAUGGGUACUCGGAACUGCUCCGAUUCCAUUUAGAGGUCUUUGCCUUUCCAGCCAAGCACUUGAGCUUGUCCUCCUAUUCUAAUCUUUACAGAGCCCUUUGAUUUUAAAAUCUGAAUUCUCCCACCCGCUGUAAUAUUACUCCUCAUACUGUUCUGGUUUGUUGAAUUGUGUCAUAGUCUGCAAAUAAGCUACUGUUGAAACUACAAGCCACUCAAGUCAAUCAGGGUGCAUCAACACUUGACACCACUUUAAUUGCAAUGUUACAGAAUCCAGGGAGUUGUAGUUUGGUAUUAUUUGGCAGAGAAGGUUUAAGGCCUUGUAAAAACUACAACUGCUAUGAUUCCCUAGCAUUGAGGCAUAGCAGUUUAAGUGGUGUCCACUGUUUUCUACAGUGUAGAAUUGUAUCCUAUGUCAGUUUUAACUGAUGCAGAUAGACAUCUUUUUAUUUUUAAACUUCACAGGGGAAUAUAAUUUCUUGACACUUAACUUGUGAUCUGUUGUUUUCAGACCUUUUUGCCCCUUUGAUGUAUAAACUCCAGGUCUCCUUCUAUUCCACAAUGUCUGUUCUCCAUGACUACUGUUAUAUAGAAUAUUAAACUGGAAACAAGAACAUUAAUUCCGCAGUUUUGAACAAAUAUGAUAUGCCAGAUACACAGAAGAUGCAAUUUUAUGGCAUUUAUUAUCCCAAAUGACAUGAAAUAUUUGCCAAGGGCAAAAUAAUUUCAAAUAUUAAUUGCAAACCUUAUAUUUAAAGACCCAUUGUACAUGGCCAUACAGUUCCAUUUAGUCAUCAUUUCCCAGUGCUAGACCUGAUGGCCUGACCAAUACUUCCCAAAUUUCAAAUUUUAGGAACAUCACAACAAAUAAUUAACUGGUGUGAAGGUUAUCUCAGCAAUUGUGCCCUCAGUGCCAAGUGGGGUGGCUGAUUAGGAGGUGCCAUGUGAGAUAGGAUGAGGCCUCAAUUGGGCAGCUUGGUAAGUUUAUGUACGAAUUAAUUGGAUUGCCCACACCUUAAUUUAUCUGCUGGACUGAUCUGUAUUCUGCAUGUUUAAGAGAAAGUACUGCAUGUAGUGGUUCGAUUUAUGGCUCCCCUUCCUUUGCUUUUGACAGGGUUGGGCAAAUCUUUAGGGCUCGGGUGGGUGUCUUGGGGAAUAUGACAAUUGCUUACUCAUUUAUAGUUCACAACAAAGGAACUAGGUAAAUAUUGAGUCAGGGAUAACUUCAUGUAGCAUAGGCAUGUAUUUCUUCCAGGAAAUUUUUUGCUCCCGUUAAAAAUCAAAUUCAUUGCUUUGCACUCUACUAAUGAAAUAUCUUUGUAGGCCUGAAGGUGCACUAAACUACUACCAAACAAACUUUGGUUGUUUUUUCUAAUGUUUCUUUUUGCCAUACUUCUUUCUGACGAUUGAUAAUCCCAAAAAAGUAGGUGUGCGAGCUAGCCCCUGUAAAAUUAGGCGCGCAAUGGAUGUGGCCAAUCGUCAUGGGGAGGACAUGCCUCAUACAUUUGCUGGCGUAUUGGCAAAUGCAAUGACUCCACCUUUGAUGUAUUCUCAUGGCUUGUAACAUUGCUCAGAUACAUUCAGCACUCCACAAGGUGAGAAUCGGAUUAGCAGAUUGUUUGAAGAACAUCCAUUUUACAAGGCUUGGUGAAAUUUCCUUAACCUUGGUGCAGAGGUAUCUUUACCACAAGGGGAUAUGGUGCUCAGCUCAUGCAAUUUGAAGCACAAUUCACUGAGAAUUUCUCUUACAGGAGCCUCAUAGAAGUGAGCAAGAAAGGCACAACAGCACCGUAUUGUUCUUGUGCAGCUCCUCUUCAUUUCAGGGUGGCUUAAUGGGGAGGGAGGUGCUAUUUGGAUUUUCUGCCUCAGGUACCAAAAUGGGGUGGCUCUUCAUUGACAUCAUAGAAACCAAAUAUCACUUGGACCAUAUCAGAGAAAUGGAAUCUAGGCCCUUUUCCAGGAAUACAAUAUGUUAUUUUUUUAAAAGAAGAAGCAACAAUGUGCACGAACAUUCUGUUCUAUAAUCAUAUCUGUUUGCCAAACAAUAGUUUUUUCUAGACAAUAAUCUUGCAUAACAUAUAUAAGCAUAAAAAUGAUGUGGGUUUCAUAUGGAAGGUAACGUAAAGAUAAAUGAUGUAACUCCAUCUACAAUUAGUGCAGACCAGGCCAAACAGUAUUCCUGAUACAGUAGAAUAUAUCAAUGUUAUUAUAUAUAAGAACUAAGAAAGUAAUGUUGCACUGUGUCACAGCUCUUUUAACAAUCAGAAAGCAAAUGUAAAUGCAAUGGAAUUUUAGUGAAUUCUUUUAUUUUCCCAUUGCAUUUAUUUUAUUAUAUUAUACACUAUUAUGGCACUGAAGGUUUUCUUCACUUCUUGUAAAGGUGAUAUACAAAUAAAGAGGGCACUGUGUGAUUGGUUUCAGUAUAUUCAAUUCAAAUCCAGUAGUGUUUGGCUUGGCCUUGUCUUCUUGUAGAAUAGGGGUGCAGAUUGACAAUUGUUGAAGGCUUGGGGGGGGGGGGGGACAUAUCUCCUUAGGAGACUUUGGUAAGCAGCGCCCUCAUCACACAGUUCAUUGCAAACACAAACAGAAUUGUGCCCAAAUGUCUUCCAAUGCCAGAUGCUAGGAUAUGACCCCUGCCGCCCCCUAAGAGCCACAAGCAUGGCAUAGGGCCUGGCUGAAGCUUAUGGGCCACACUUUGUCUAAUUCUGAUGUAGAUAAAGUGACCCCACUAUCCUGUUCUAUGCUCCCAGUGGUACAACUGGGACCGGAGCGCUUGGACCGCCACACUCCUUAUAUAGCAGAAACCCUGGGCAGUGUCUCUGGGAGGCACCAUCCUGGAAUUCUCCCUGGCGUUGAAGGUCUAGUUCUUAUUGAGGGCUGCACCCCUUCAGAAUACAGGUCAAUGCUUAUUCAACUGAAUGCUCCCAAAGUCACAUGUACUUGGAAAAUUAGCUUGUUAGGGGUCACAUUUCUAACCUAACCUUCACCUUGAAACAGUAGUUUGCUCUACUCAGGGACUUUUUCUUAUGAAACUGAGAAACACUGAAAGACAUUGAUCGUGGUUAGUACCCAUCUAUCAUCUGAAACCAAGGGCCAUUUUACAAUUAUAGCACUAUGACUCCAGUUGAACUUCCAUGGCUGCAUCUUGUGGUGGGUUGUGGAUUGGGCAAGCACUAGAACUCACUUCCUGAGAAUUCUUAAGUUCCCCUCCAACUGCAAAUCCCAGGAUUCCUUAGACUGCAACCCAUGACAGUUACAGUGAAACCACAGUACUGGAUUUAUUAAUCCAGUGAGAGCUAGACUGUUUUCUAUAAGAAUGGAAAUAAUAUUUUGAAAUACUUGAAAAAAUAUUGGAUAAUGUGUUUUUUGAGUGCUGGGAAAUCAAUGAGAAAAUCCAAAACCCGAGAGAAUCUUCGCAGUUCAGGAUUUAUUCUAUGAUUGUGUUGUACAGAAACCAGCAUAUUCUGCACAGAAAACAGCCUUUUCAACACAGAAAUAUUAAUUCAUGCACAGAGAAUGCUGUUUUCCUGUGCAGAAAAUGCUGCUUUCUAUGCAAAUCAAUCAUGUUCAAAUUGUAUACAGAAUUAACCACCAGUUACAGCAUUUUCUGCAUAGAAAUCAUCCUUUUAUGCACAAGAAUUAAUUUUGAAAUAUUAUUUGCCACGCGGAAGUGGCUGUUACCUAUGUAGAAAAUGCAGAUUUCUGCACAAACAACCACAUGGGGCUUUUUUCAUAGAAUAAGUCUUAAAUUGUGAAUACCUUUGAAAAUUCAUGGUGUUUAAAGACUUUCUCUCAGAAGAAAAUUGCUGAAAUCACUCGUUGCUGCCUGUGGAAAAAAUCUUAGUGGACAGGGUCUUGGAGUAGAAAAACCUGCAUUCAGCCAUGAGAUUCCUCUACUUUUAAUUUAAUGGCACAAUCCACGGAAAGUUUUUGCCUGUUAUUUUGUUUUCCUGUGGUCAAAGUCUCCUGCUUCAGAGAUAUUCAGUACAAAUCCCAGGCAGCCUGUAGAUGUCCAAGUAGGUUUUAUUUGUCCAUUUCAUGUAAGGACCUACAAUAUUUUUAACUGUCACUGGAGUAAUCUCUCCCUUAAAACUUAAUACUGGGUUUUAAGUCUUGCCUUGAUUAUUUAGCUGUUCAAAUAGAUACAGCUCUCCGCAGACAACCAAGCAAGACUAUGCUAAGAACCGAUCCUUGUUCAGACAGCAUGUGGCAACAGGCGAGUGAAGCAGUUUCACUAUUGCAUUUACUUCUAAAGUCUUGUCUGCAGACAAUCAGACAUUCAUUCAUUACCUUGGGGUUAUUGAUUUAAUGCUGGCUGGUUUUUUUAUUUUUAAAAAAUAGCUGCGAUUACAAAGUAUACUGUGCAAUUUCAAAAUGAUACAGAUGAUUCCCAGGGUACUUUUUUCAAUGUUCUGAUGUUAAACUGUGCAAAUCCUGGAAGUGUUCACAAUUGCAUUUAUAUUUCAUAAAGUUUAAGUCAACACAUGAGAAAUGUACCCACAAAGCUGAGAAGUAUGGUUUUAAUCAUGAAGUGACUGUUAAAAACUCAACACAGUUUUGUGGCAUUGUUGGCAAUGAGCAAAAAAAAUGAAACCCCACUUUCUUACUUUACCUUUUUAGGGGCCAUUUAAAUCAAUGGGCCAUUUGAACAGAAAGUUCUAUUGUACGUCUGGAAAGGAUGAGUGUGAAAUUUAUUGUGAAAUGUCCUGAAGUAGAAUUAAUCUAAACUUAUUAGGUUAUUUUAUUUGACUAUUUUAAAUGUUUUUGUAACUACUUUUGUUUCUCUGAAAUGCUCAGUGAUGUAUCAGUAAGGCCAGAAUUCUAUCAUUAUAAUUUCUACAAAUGGCAUGCCUUGCUUUUUUUUUUUUUAAUUUGGAUUUUUAAUUCCAAUUGGGAAAACAAACCUAUUGAUCCCUAUGUUGAACAGUUCUUCAGCCUGUGAUUUACUACUUUCAGUCUCUUCUGUCAGGCCUCUACUGUCAUGCGGAUACAACUGAAUUCUUUGGAGACAUAUUUAUUGUUGAUUACAUGGGUCUUUCAAUGGCAUUUCUAUAAUAUGAUUGGAGUCUAAUGUAUAGUUUACUUUUAUACAAAAGUUUUAAAAAGAUAUUUUUAUGACUAAAUUCAACAAGGAAAAAUUAAAACUUAAUUUUCCUUUCCGAGGACCUUGGUUUGAAACUGUGUAAAUAACAGCUGUGCAUAGGAAUGUAUAUGGAUAUUAAUUUUUUUAAACAUACCUCUAAUUUGAAUGAUCCAACAUUAGUCUUAAAUGAGGUCAUGGAAUGGUUAUUCUCAGAACAGCGCACCACCAGGACAAAAAACCAUUGAAGCUGAUAUGGGUCUAUCGAUUUUCAUAAUUUUUAAAUUGCUUACAUUUUUGAGUUAAGUAUUUGAUUGUCAUAUUACAACUGAUCUGUCUGAAUCAUCACUUAAAUGGUUUUGUUUUUGUCCAUUUUAAAGACAGAGAAUGUUAUGAGUUAUAUGUAAAACAUAUAAUGUGCAUAGUUUCUUCUAUGCAGUUUUACUUGCUUCUGUCACCUCUAUCAUCUGUUCAUAUUUGGCAUCUAUUAAAGAUAAUUUUUAAGGAUCUUACUCAGGAAUACUGUGACUGAUUUAUUGUCUGUUCUUCUGUCCCUUCCGGAGAGCUUCACUGAGAAAUAUGGGGAGUGUGUGGAUGGCAGAAGGAUGUCCAGGAGAGCAGGAGGUAGACCUUCAGUUGGUAUUGAACCAAAGAAAUCUGGGUAAUAGGUAAUGAACAGAUGGAAGCGUCGGUGGGGGGGGGGGGGGGGGAGAGGAAAGCAUUGGCAGAAAGAAGAGCUGAGUGUGGCUUAAGUCUGUAGAGAUUUGGUGUCAUAUGUUCAUCUUUGGCUAUAGUGCUGUUGUGAAGAAGGAAGAAUUAGCUCCCUUCCCUGUCCCCAGUUUUUCCUAUUCUGACAUAAAGUUGACUACACCAGAAUAAGUUAUUAAUCAAGCUGAGGAGAAUAUUGAAUAGUUUGUUGUAAUCAAAUAAUUAAUUUGUGUGUGUAUGAUGUUUUUUCUAUUAGUGUGAUAAUAUAGUUAUGGGAUAGGAUAUAGAUUGCCUGGUGUUCCUUAUAGCCUUAAAUGUCUUGGAAUAAGUCUGCUUGAAGUUUAAAGAUCUCAUCACACUAGAUCAGUGGUUCUCAUCCUGUGGGUCCCCAGAUGUUUUGGCCUUCAACUCCUAGAAAUCCUAACAGCUGGUAAACAGGCUGGGAUUUCUGGGAGUUGUAGGCCAAAACACCUGGGGACCCACAGGUUGAGAACCACUGCACUAGAGCAUCUAUCCGCUUUAAAUCUGAUUGCUGCCUCCAGUGGAAUUCUGGGGUUUGUAGUUUAAGGGAAGGGCCUUUAAAUUGCUCAGCCAGCUAGGUCCUGGGCCUCACUAAACUACAAACCACAAAAUUCUACAGGAGGCAACAACUGGAUUUAAAGUGGAUAGAUGCUCAGGUAUGGUGCGGUACUAAUAGACAGGCAAUAGGUGACAAAGUUAAAAUAGUUUUUGCGUGUUCCACCAAAGAUACAGAUGGGAUACUUGUUCUUGAGCCAAAUGGCACUUAAAUUUCAACCCCUUUUGAACUCUGUUCUGUUGAUGCAAGCAAUGGGUCUGUUCUCCUGUCGAUUGGGUUGCAACUGACUGAUAUUUCCACCCCCUCCUACAAGCUGUCACUGGCGCGACAGUCAGAAGAAGCCAGAUCCCUCUCCCGAUUUCCCCUCAAUCACUCAUGGGAAGAGUGGUAUGGAAACAUGGCUAUGCUGUAUUUUAAAUGACAGAAGAACAGACCCUGCAUCACUUCGCAGUGGCUGAUUCCCAGAAUUUCAGGAUUGGCAAACUUUUACAAUCCUUACAUACUCCCCCACACUAUUGAAUACAUAAGAAAUUGUGAAAGUGACUCUGUUACAAAUGCAUAACUCUAGGUGAAAAUUUCAAAUUAUGGAAGAACUCAUUCAACCAUCACUGGUUAAGUUACCCCUUAGGCUCAUCAUGAAUUAGCAGAUGAUUGCUUCGCAGUUAGCAGAGAUCGCGUCCUACCAGUUCCAUUGGCCACCACUGACAUGUAAGUAGUAUUCCUGUUUUUAAAAACAUUCUAAUAGAAACUAUUUUUCUAUUGUUAUGAGCUGUAAGAUUAAUUGUCCUGUUUACUUCUGUGUACAAGUAAUAGGUUUACUGCAAUAGUUAAAACAGCUAAUUCAGUAUGUUUAAAACUGCAGCCUGCCCUGAAAUCCAAUCGAACCUUCAGGCAACCAGGUACAACUAGUGACUCUUGAUAGGUCUCCAUCUAAAUACAGGUAUUUAGCAAAUGUAGUGAGGUCUGGUUGAUACUCAUCUAUAUCUGUACUAGCUGUGCAAAUUAUUCACAUUCUAAAAAGGCACAUGAAUAAAGAAAUGCAUAUUUCAAUUGAGAUUUCUGCUGCUAGGUCAGGCUGAUGCAUAAAUAAUGGAAAACCCUGUAUGAUUGUUUUAAAGAGUCUAACACUUCAAUGGUUAAAGUUUGUUGUGCUACUGUCAGCACAUUGGACAAUGUUUUAUUCAUGAAUAUUUUACAGUAGCAUCUCUGGUACUUGGUAAAAUUUAAAGGAAAGGUUAUUGAGUAGCAUGUUUUAUGUGUUCCUGCUUUACAUGUCUGAAUUCACUCAUAAUGUCUUGAUUUGGCUCUUAGUAAGAAACACAGCAAGAUAGUCAAUUGUUCAAAUGGUCACUUGCUCCAGACUCCAGCCUGUUGAAAGGGUUCUGCAGGAAGUGACUGUGGAGCUGUUUUGCCCCAUGGUGGCCUCCCUUUUCUCGCUGUCAUGCUCUUCUGCUUAAACUUUGGGAGCAAGCAAAACUAAUUUAAAAAGACAAUUAAUUACCUUUCACAAAUAACAGAAUAAUACAUUAACUUUCAAAAAUGAGCCUCCAGAGCCCUGUCAUCCAUCUGUUUCAUUGCCCAACAACCUGGUUUCUCUGUAUUGGAGUGUGUUUUUCCAAAGUCCUCCAGGUUUCUAUGAUCUUCUCUAAAUCCAAGGUCAAGCACAUUCAGCUUAAGCCACUACAGCACUAUGUUUCUAUCCCCAGGCUAAGACAUCAGCUUUGCAAGAGUGUCACCUCACUUUUCAUAUUGCCAUGAUUCCCAGCUGUCCAUAAAGGUCCGUUUGAGUUUCUGACCAUUGUUGUCACCUCUGUUGAUGUCAGAAUGAGACAAGAGAGAGGAUUGCCUCUUUCUGAUGUCAGCAGAGGCACCCCCAAUGGCCAGGAGCUUGGAUGGCGCUCUGUAGUCAAUGGGAAGUGACAGUGGUGACUUAGGACAAGCUAUCCCCUUCCCCUGUGCUAUUUAGCAUAGGGAGCGGGUGAUGGCACUGUGUCUGGACAGUGGCUCAGGCCAAAUUGGACCUGGGACAGUUGUCCAGACUGCCACACAGUCCUGGGAUAUUCCAGAAUUUCCAGCAAACUCUGAAGUAUGCCUUGACUUUGCCCUCCAAAACACAAUACUCACUAGAAAUCAGCAAAUAUCGUGGGGACGGGAUAUAACAAGUGUUAUAACACAUACACUUUUUAAAUUGCAGAUACAACAGGUAGGAACAGAGGGAGACAAAAAUGUUUAUGUUGGUACCCGUUGUACUUUCAUAAUAUUUAUUCAUUAAAUCCUUUAUUUAUUUUCUUGUCCCCUUCUGCAAAAGCUCUGAUAGCCAAAGGAUACUAAGUAGAUUAAUUAGCAAGGGGUUGUUUUUCUUUUUUUUUUUAACACAAAAGCCUCAGUGAUCAAGAAUAUAUAACUGUAAAAUAUAUCCAUAGGCUUGUUACAGCCACAUUUAACUUACCCUGACUCUUGCUCAGAUGUGGAAUGUAUGUAUAAAACUGGAAACCUGUUCAGUAUGAAGGAAAGGACAAGAUAAAAUUAUAAAUACUGUAUCAUUUCAUUUUCUUCUCUUUUUUGGCUGGAGUUCUGUUUGAUGUAUUCCUUAUCCAGACUCAAGGUAAGACAACAGGAUGCUAUUUUGUGUUUGUGGUUGCUGCUACCAUAUGACGAUGUUUGUCUCCCAGUUUCUCUCCUUUUAAGUUACUAAACUUUUUUGGUUGAUUUUAUUUCCUAAAUAUUGAUUGCAUGAGCUGCUUUCUAGAAGAUAAAAACAUGUUUAAAUAUUACAGGAACUAUUGUUACAUUACUCUGUCUAUUUCUCAUUUUUGUAUGUCUGCUAUAUUCUUAGGGCUUUAGAGAUACAAUAAAUGGAAAAGUAAAAUAUUUGAAUGAAACAGAUUAUCUUACUUCUAGGUGCAGGAUGAAAACAAUGAACAAAGUUUUGGUAGACAUGAACAUUGUUAAAUUUCUGUUGAUUUUUUAAAGUGUUUUGUCCAACCAGGAAUCUCUAAAUUAGUCUGAAUUUUUGAGACAGCUGUUUAACCAGAUGAGUUGUCAAAACCCUUUGGGUUUGAUUAAAUCUUCUUGAAUAUUUUAAGAGAGAAGUGGUAUCAAAUAUUGGAGGAGAAAUUGUUUUAAGUAAUAUUCAGUUGCAUUUCUGUUCUUAAAAUAUCUACAUAUUGAACAUAUAUUAGAACAUAGUUUUUAUCGGUACUUUCCAGUACAAAAGGAAAAUAUAUUUAUUGGUUUUGAUAUUUUAAAGCAGUAUUUAGAGGUAUAACAAAAUGAUUUCCAGUGGGGCAGACAACAGUAUAAAAGAUUUCUAUGCAAGAUAAAGAGAUAGAUUCCAGCAACACCUUUGACUGCAUUUAAUGAGAUACUGUGGUACACUCCAAAGAAGCAGCUGUUAGCCUCUUAGAGCAUAAAAAGAAAGGAGAAGAGGGGGAAAAGAAAGCAAGACUAACUGGUUUUUAUUUUAGCAUGAGCUUUUUGUGGAUACUGCUCUGAUAUAUAACCUAUUAUCCAGAAAAUAGGCUAUUGCCAGGAGAUAACAUGGAAAUCCAUGCUAGUUUCUCAUUAGAAAGAGGUUCAGACAAGGCUGCAUUUUAUCACCUGUUUAAUUUAUAUGCAGAACAUAUCUUAGAGAAAACAAAAUUUGACACAGAAAAGGGGGGCAUGAAAACGGAGGGAAGGGACAUAAACAAUGUAAGAUAUAGAGAUGAUACCAUAUUAUUUUCACAAAAUUGCAGAUUGUGAACAACCAUUCAUGAAGUUAAGAAAGGAAGUGCAAAAGCAGCUUGGUAUUAAGUAGACAAACAUAAUGAUCACAAUUUACAUAACUCAGGUCAGUCUCUAGGAAGAAAAAAGGUGAGAUGUGAUUUGUGGGUCAUCCUUGACUUAACAUUUUAAAGUCUUGCGUAGUAACUUCUAUUUGUUUUUGGCUGUAUCCUCUCCCUGACCACAUGGUUUGAAGGGGGCAGUGAUUCUUCUAUGUCACUGACAUGCUUAGGGGUGGAACUGGAAGAUGAUAAUUCUGCCUAACUACCUAGCCUUCAAUCUCUGGCUCUGAGGGCCAAUAGCACACGUCUUGCAAGACUUAAACAGGACCCCCACUAUCAAACAAGGUCAACAGGCAUUUUGUUAAGUUGUUUUGAGGGAGAAGCCUAGAGUUCUGGUAUCUACUUAAGACUGCCUAACAUGGAUGGCGAGGAAACUGUUGGAACCACCUGCGAAGCUGUGGUAUGUUUGUGUUCUUGUUGGAGGAUAUGGGUGACACCUGCAGCAGAUUCAAGUUGACUGUUUUUUUUUUUGGAAAGAAAGAUCUAGAAAGCUAAGGCCUGAGUAUUUAGUUAUCAGCAUUUUAGGAAACUUGGAAUUUUCAUGGAAGAACAAACGGGAUGUGUCUGAGGAGAGGGUCAGUUCUUAAAAACAGGAGCUAGAUAUUUGGAAGAAUGUCUAAUGUCUAACAGACAUAGAAGGAUUAGGGAUUUGAAGCUGCAGAAUCAUUUUUAGGAUCUCCCUUAAACAGCAACAAGAGCAUCAGUGUCGGUCCUAAGACAAUGUGCAAGUGAUCUUGGAAGAUUCAGCAUACAGAGUGCCCCCUGCUAGUCCUCAGAAGAGACGUGGAGUAGUGGCAGGGAACUCCCUGCUGAGGGAACAGAAGUAAAGAUUUGUGGGCCUGAUAGGAUGACAUCCUGCAGCAAAAAUGCAUGAAGUAACUAACAGAAUCUUGUCAAGCCUACCAUUACCCCUUUCUCUUAGUCCAUGUGGGAAGUAAUGACAUUGUUCUCAGCAUAUCAGAAGGCAUUAUGCGAUUCUGGAUAGGAAGAUGAAAGUCCUUCAUGCGUAGAUUAUUUUGUUUCUCCUCCCAACAGAUGAACACUGCUCUAUAAGGGAAGAUGCCACCAGGAAAGAUUGGAUGAUACUUCUUGGAUGAUACUUCUGGUACAACUCCCAGAAAUCCCAGCCAUCUUACCAGCUGUUAGGAAUUGUGGGAGCUGGAAGUCCAAAACAUCUGGAGGACCAAAGAUUGAGGAACACUGCUCUAGAGCAUAUGAAGAAAUGGAUUCAAAUUGCAGGAAAAGAGAUUCCUCCUAAACUUUUAGGAAGGACUUCCUAAUGCCGUGUAUCCUGCUUCAAGUUCCAGCCUUGCCUUGGCCUGUGAAUCCACUUGGAUAUUCCAGUGACUUUGCCAUUUUGUUUUUAUUCCAGUGGAGACCCUUGCCUUGUGUUUCAUCAUUGACUUUAUACCUUGGAGUUAAUCCUGCACUCUAGUCUUGUCUUCCUGUGGUUAUCCUUGAUUCAUGCCUUGGAAAUAAUCCUGUUUGGACUAUUCUUGAUAUCUCUUGGGACUUACUUUGAUAUCGAGUUUUGGACUAUGCUCUUUGAGUGGUUUUUAUAGAUUUCAUGAACUUCAAGUACCUUGCUCUUGUGGAUUUGAACCUAUUUACUGACUCUGAACUUUAUUUUGCUUUUGCUUGCAUAUAACUUUCAAUAAACAACUUGCUUACUUAUAUUCUGGGGCUCCAGUGUGGUUUUGAGGUGCCUACGUACCCUAGGGGUGCAACACAGUCAUUCAGAUAGCGAACUCUGUAACCCAGAUCUGAAAUGGAUAGCUCACUUGAAAAAGGUGUUAAAUUUCUCUAAAGUGGAAGAAGAUAUGGAACACCCCCUUGGUAUUGCUCAGCCCAUAUAUUCACCACCACAAAUGAAAUGCCCAGUAGCUCAAAAAUCAGCUGGAUGUACAGACAGCAGUCCAAAUGCUGAUUUAAUAUCACAUUUUGCUAAUUCCGCCCCUGACCUCUGGUUCCAAACUAACCAUAUUGGCAGUAUAUAAGGAUGUAUUUACGGAGUCAUCUUUAAGAUGUGAUAAAUAUUCUUUGAGUUUCCUUUCCACUAUAUUUUCAUUAUGUAAGAUAGACUUGUCCAAUCUUCAGUUAAAGGAGGCUUGCCUCCCCUUUAUUCUAAGUAUUAUAGGGUUAUGAUCUGUAAAAGUCCUCAGCAGAGUUUCUAUUUUAACAGUUCUAUUUGUCAAAGAUUUUGAAGGUCAAAACAUGUCUGUCCUCAAACUGAUGUUAUGCCUUGCUGCUAUGCCUUUUGGGUUUUUUUCAAAUGUAUUUCAUGGCUUCAUCAUAUAUAAGGCCCCCAUCUACACUGCUGUAUAAUGAAAUACGUUUUAUUUGUCUUUUAUUGUGAUUUGUUUUUUACUAUUGAAUGUUAUAGACUAUUUAUCUUUAUUGUUUAAUGUAUUCUUUAUUUUUCUAGCACUGAAUGUUUGUCUUUUAUGUUGUAAGCCGCGUUGAGUCCCCAUAGGAAGAUGGGGCGGGAUAUAAAUGAAGUUUGAUUGAUUUGACUGAAUACAGUUUCAGAAUCCAGAUUAACUGCAUUGAGCUGGAUUAAAUAGCAAUGUGGACUCCUAUAAUCCAGUCCAAUGCAGUUAAUCUAGAUUCUGGAACUGCAUUAUAUGGCAGUGUAGAUCCAGCCUAAAUCGUCAUUUAUGAAUAACUCCCAGAUUUGUGGCAUGAAUCCGCAGCACUAUUUUUUCUUUGAAAUUCAGUUUGGACUCCCUCAUAUCAGUACAAGUGAUCUAUAAAAAUUCACAGGUGUAAUUGAUUAUUUUACAUCUAUUUUACAUCACUCCUUUCUUCUUUUUAUCAACAGCUCCCACAUAUUUUUUUUCCUAUUCAAAGGUAGUAUAGAAAGUUUCUAUCCAAAUGCUUUAUAUGAUUUUCUUGUAGACACAUUCUAUCUUGCUUUUCUUUCAAAAGAUUGUGGAAAGUGUUUUUACUUUUGCAAGGUCUACUUCAAUCCUCAUAUAUUCCAUGUAAUAUUCUUUACAUCCAUUUCUAAUCACCAAUAUCCUUUCAUAGCCUUAGCAUCUUUGGUCUUUUCCUUCUCAUUCUCCUUUGCCAAUCUUUUUUUUCUUUUUCAUAAAAUGUCAGUUUGUCCAGAUCUUUUUUUAAUCUACUUGAAAAUUCUUUAGCAUUCACAAUGGAGUUAAGACUGUAUGUUCUUUGUUCGAACAAUAGUGAUAUACCUUCCAUCUUUUCCCAGCUAAAUGACAUUCCCUUUUGCUGCAACCUGUCAAAAACAUGCCAUUUUUCCUUUUCUUCUAAAUUUCCAUUGGGAUAUCUUUCAGCAUAUUCACCUCCUCAUCACCCACCUUUGUUCUUUGUUUUAAAAAUUCUGCAAUACUAAUUCAUGAUUAGGCUUCUGGAAAAGGUGAAGAAUAAAAUCACAUGGAAGCUUUUUCUGUGUUGCAAUUCUAGAAUUCACCCUGAAAAUUCUGUUUCGUGCUUCAUUUCUUCCUCAAAAAAAUUACAAACAUAUUGUUAUUUCUCAUCAGUUGUCUUCUUGAACCCACUGAAAGAACAACAAAAUUUCCUUUCCCUUGUCUUCAGAAGUACAAUGGAAUCAACUCUCUCUCUCAUUCUUUCUUAUGUUGUUUAUGUUCCAGCCUAUCAGUUUGUUCUUUUAACUGUUGUGUUCUUUGAGCUAUCUUUUUAACCUCUGUGGAAUGAUUCAACUCUUUAAUGUCUUCUCUAACUUCUUUACAUUUUCCUUAAAUUCUUCUUGAUGUCUGCCUUCAUUCUUGUCACCUGAUUUUAAGAGCUUGAAAUUCUUCCAUUCUUUUUUGUUUGGAGUUCACGGCAGUUAUUUUUUUUUUUCUAUAGCUUACAUUUUCCUUCUCUAACUUACGGUACUAGAUCUCGAUCUAGUUGCAUUUUAAAUAAUUCAUUUAACAUAGGAAAAAUAUAAUCCAGCCAAAAUAAUAGAGAAAAAUAUUGAAGCCCCAACUUCUCCAUUUAGUUCAAUCCAAAUUCAGUCAAAAACAAGGUGAGGAAAGUGGCAGUUUGUUCCAAUUUUCAAAAGGCAAAAUGAAAGAAAUGGGGGAUAUGUAGAAAAGAUAUUUAUUAAUCUUCCCAAAGUAGCUUGCUCUGUCCAGUUCUAGUCAGAAAUGUAGACACGAUAUUUUUUUCCCCAAAGGUUUUAUUUCCCCUACUUUUAAUAAUAUUAAUAACAGCCUUCUUCAUUAGUUUUACUUUUGAAGCUUGUUUUUUCUUGCCUUACCUCCAUGACUAUAGUUAGCUUUGUAAGGUUUUUUUUUUUUAACUUACUCAUUUUUAGAUGCAGUUAAGAGAACAAAUGAGAGGAGUAAACUGUGUCUCAGCUGUGUAAGGGUUUCCAUGACACUAAGCUGGCAAGCAGCAGCUUGGUUGCAAUGAGCCAAGAUCGCAAUCUGGGUCCCUCUGUAUUGCCUGUUCGUUGCCUCUAUUUUGGCUUUUCUUGCAUUCGCUCCAUCACAUGUAGUUGAUUCUUCUCUCCCCCCCCCCCCCCCCCUUUGCUUGUCUCUGGUUUCCCAGUUGCUGCAAAAAGCCUGGGCGAGUGGAUGUGGGAAUGAGACUGUGUGUCAUUCUGGCAACCUGAAAGUCUCAAACGCCCAUUUCUGCUCACAAUACAAAAGGCAACAUUGUUCCCCAAAUUUUCUCUGGCGUUUCAUUUUUCUAUUCAAACUAGUUAAUUUCUAAAUCAUUAAAAUGUGGCAGGAUCUCCCCACCAAACUGUUCCUUGAAGAUCUUUUCCAAUCUUGUUAUUUGCCUCAUUUUAAAAAUGGGAGAAAUGUUAUUUUCUACAGCUUCUGUAGCCACAUUCAGUUCUUCAUUUGGUGAGUACUGUUGAUAUGGACAAGCUGCUGGGACAAGUAGGGAGGACAACCUGCUUUCUUGAUGCAAUUCGAUCUCAAAUACAACAUAUUAUCAAUGCAUCCCUCAGGGAGGGGAACUGUCCAUCCUGUUUAAAAGAAGCAGUAGUUAGACCUGCUGAAAAAGCCCUCCCUGGAUUCUCUGGACCUUAAUAAUUACAGACCACUGCCUAACCCUUUUUUGGACAAGAUGAUUGAGGAGGCAGUUGCUUUCCAAAUCCAGGCAGUCUUGAAUGACAUGCGCUUCCUUGACCUAUUUCUGGCUUCAGAGCAGGGAACAGAGUUGAGUCACCUUAUGGUCACCUUAGAGGAUGAUUUCAGUCUUAACACUGACAGGGGGAGUUUGUCCGUGUUGAUGCUUUUUGAUCUCUAAGUGGCAUUCAAAACCAUCAACCAUGGUAUCUUUCUGGACUCCCUGGGGCUUUGGGAAUCAGAGGCACUGUGUUGCGGUGAUUCCAGUUGUAUCUCUCAGGCAGAUUCUAGAUGAUAGUGCUUGGGGAUAGCUGCUCCUCAAAACGGAGUUGCCAUUCUUUCCCCAAUACUUUUUAACAUUUAUAGAAGAGUCCCGCUUAUCCGACUUCUGCUUAUCUGACACACCGUAUUAUCUGAUGCUCGCCCUUGUUUGCUCACUCUUUCACUCACUCACCGAGCUGGGUCCUUGUUCUGCCCUUCCUGCUGGGACCAAUCGGUGAGUGAGCCAGCGAGCAAGGAAGGGCAAGCGGACGGGCAGCAAAGGAGGAGGAUAAGGGAGGCCACCACCAAGAACAAGGUAAGUAUGCUGUCUUCUUCAAGCCCUGAUGCCGACUCCCGCAAGCUCUCCCUCUCUCCCUCCUUCCACCUCCUGGCCUGCCUGGACCACUGACCAUUGCGCCCAGCGAGGAAAACCAGCUGGUCCCCAAAGAGGUUAGCAGGCGGGCCCGAGGCCCAAGGGCGCCAGAGGCGAAAGGUACAGGGUAUCGAGGGCAAGGAGGGAAAGAGGAAAGUCUUGGAUGGGCAGGCACACUCUUUCCCUCCCUCCUUCCCUCGCUUGGGAGCUGCACUGCCUCCACCACUUGUUCUCUUCCUCCUCCUCCUCCUCUCCCUCGAUAGUCAGCCUGCCGAGGGAGAAGAGGAGGAGGAUCACCAGGAGAAGCGGCGGGGGAAGCCUGGAAGCCUUGCUUGGAGGCUGCACUGCCAAUUUUCAAAACUCUCUUGAGAGUAACUCCCAACUGAUUAAUUUCCAAUCUCAGCUGCUUUAAUUAAUUCAGAAGCCCUUGGUUCUGGUCAAUCAAAUCACUGAUUGCUCCAUUUGACUAAUGUCAAAAUAAUACGAAGCAAAAAAACCCCUCUACUUUGAAACUAUAGUUUACCACUGGGUGUCAGUGUUCUCAACCAAUCUUGCUUGAAUUCAAUAGUAAUUAACCUGUAAGUGCAGAUUUGUCAGUUCACUGCUUUGUACUUCAGUGACUUUGCUAUUAUCAGGCAAAAGUAAUACCGGUAAUAAUAAUAAUAAUAAUAAUAAUAAUAAUAAUAAUAAUAAUAAUAAUAACAACAACAACAACAACAACAACAACUACAACUUUAUUUUUAUGACCUGUCUCCAUCUCCCCGAAGAGACUCGGAGCUGCUCACAUGGAGACCAAGCCCAGAGAUGAAAACAAAUAAAAGUUAAAACACAACAACAACAUAAUUAAACAGUAAACAGUAAAAUAAACAUCAUAAAAUACAUCAGCAAAUAUCAAAAUUACAAGGGAGGAGCAGGCAUGUCAAAACGCAGGACAAAAAUGAGUAGGAAUAAAGUGCUGGCGAUCUGGGCAAUAAACAGUUAUGACUGAGAAGCAAUACAUUAUGACUGAGCUGUUCAAAAGUACGUUGGAACAUCCAUGUCUUCAAAUCUUUGUGGAAAGUGGACAGGGUGGUCUGAUCUCCCUGGGGAGAGAGUUCGUGGGGCCACCAGUGAGAAGGCUCUCCCCCUCAUCCCCACCAACCGUAUUUAUGACGGGGGUGGGAGCGAGAGAAGGACCUCCUCAGAAGAUCUAAGAGCCUGUGCUGGUUUGUAGUGGGAGAUAUGAUUGCGAAGAUAAGUAGAGGGCAGCCAGUGGAGCUGCUUCAGAAGAGGCAUUGUGCACUCCCUGUAGAUAGUUCCUGUUAACAACCUGGCUGCUGAUCUUUGCACCAAUUGCAGUAUCCAGGCCGUCUUCAAAAGAAGUCCCAUGUAGAGCGCAUUGCAGUAAUCCAAUCUAGAUGUAACCAAGGCAUGGACCACCAUGGCCAAGUCAGACUUCUCUAAAAAUUAAACAGACUCCUCCCCUCAGGCUUAUAUUUAAGUAAUUCUUAAUUUUCGAAAUCUUUUUCCAGUUCUUCCAGAAACAAUCUACGCCCAAUCUCAUUAAUUUUAAACCUAUCCACGUUAACAGUGCUGGUUCUCAUAUCAGAUAACAUAGUCCAUCAGCAAUUUACUUACUGUUCAGUUAGAAACAUUCUUAAGAUGUUCAGAAAGUUAAAAUUGGGAAGUUAAGAUAACUGAAUGCACAAAGACUUCUCAAUUUUAACUUUCUGAACAGUAAGUAAGUCUUCAGUGUCCAUAUAUGGUGGGGCAGGAUGGUUCUGUAUUGGUUCCCGCUGUUCCACCUGCUCCUCUGUUCCACAGUGUGCAACAGGAAUUUGGACACUUGUGUGUGUUCUCCUGAACCUUCCAUACCAGGGAGGCAGUUUAUGCCAGCUGAUCUCCCCUCAAGUCAACAAUUGCCAGGUCUAGCACCUCUCCCUAAGCAGAGCAGCUAAGGGAUGCAGCAACAUGGUGACAUCUCAACUCGGAGGUCCCCAUUAAGAAUGUUGAAUUUUCCCUCCUUUAACUUAACCAUUAGACCUAGGUAUGAAGCAGUGAGCCAUCCUCUUUGUGGUAGCCCUUGAGAUAUUUAAAAAGUGCAGUCCUGUUAUCCUUCAGUCUUCUCUUCAGCAGGCUGAACAUACGCAGCUCCAGUCUGGCUUGAAGUCAUUGUUGUUUCUCUCCCCUUUAGCUUUUACCCAAAUGCUCUCAGCUUGUUUUCCACAUUUUACCUCUUGUAUUUCCCCACAACUAUCUAUGAUACAUAAGCCUAUUGUCCAUCCUUCACUGCUUGAUCCAUUUUUUAAUGAGUUGUCCAGUGGAUCAUCCAUAUCAACUGAUUCUAUAGCGAAACAUUCACUCAUUAAUUGAUUUAUAAUAUAUCCCCCUCCCCCUGCAAAAUUCCAGAAAGCAAAGCUUGGUCCGUGUUAAUCUUUCAUUACUACAGUUCAAUCAUGAUCAUGCUACUAGAUUUUGCUAGUGUCUGUUCAGUUAUGUUUGUCUUUCUAUGUUAAAAUUUAUUUUGGUCUUCUUUCCCAAACUUUACUAAUUGAUGUAUAGAUAUCUGAGACCAUGGGUCUUUCUACCCACUACUGGAUUCUUGUACUAGCUUUCCACUUCCAUCUUUAUAAUUCAGACUAUUGUCCUUAGCAUUUGGCUUCCCUCUGGUUUCUGGAAUAUUCUGUCACUCCUUUAAAUAACUUAAUUCAGAAUCCUUCUGAUUACAUUUGUGAGAUGUCUAGUAUAUACAUUCUUACCAACUUACAUUUCAUAAUUGGAAUGUCCAGAGAACAGUGACCAAAAUAAUAAAGUUUGGAAGCCAAACCCUAUCAGAAGCAGCUUAAGAAGCUGUGUAUGUUUUGCUUGAGGAAAAGAAAGCUGAGGUGGGACAUGAUAGCCAUGUUUAAACAUUUGGAAGGAUGUCACAUUUAGAAGGGGUCAGGGGACAAGCUUGUUUUUUUCCUACUCUAGAGCCUAAGACACAGAGAAAUAGAUUCAAAUUGCAGAAAGAAGGAUUCCAUUUAAAAAUUAGGAAGAACUUCCUGCUGUUUGACCCGGAAAUAGGCUACCUCAGAGCGUAGUAGUGUUGCCUUCUCUAGAAAUUUUAAAGCAAAGACUAGAUGUCAAGAGUCAAGAGUGUUUUGACUGGAUUUUCCUGCAUGGCAGGGGGUUGGAUUGGAGUGCUCUUGUGGUCUCUUCCAAUUCUAUGAUUCUAACUGUUGUGAGAUGAAAUCCAUCUCAUGGCAGAAAUUCUUCUUUGUGAAAGUGUAGACCAUGGUCCUGGAAGCCAAAUCUUUCCUGAUUUGUUCAGAAUUGAUCUGUGGAGCCAGUUGUUCACUUCUACUAUGUUUCUCUUGCUGCAUCAUUUGGGGUUAUUUGCCAAUACUAAUUUUCUCUUCCUAAUAACUAAGUUGAAUGCCAUUAACUGAUCAGCAUAACCUGUAAGUUGAUGAAUAACUACCACUAGCUCUCUAUAGAGCUAUAGCACUAGAUCUUGGGGUGAGGCAAACAGGAGUGAGGUGAACAAAUGAAACAAAAAGAGGUGUUUAGAUGGGUGGGUAGGUGGGUGGUUAAGGAGGCCUAGAUGUCUGUUCCAUUCUCUACUAGAAUUCAGAUUUCAAAAAAUGGAUGGCGAGGAAGCUCAUGCAGUCACCCGCAAUAGCUGUGGGGUGUUUGUGUUCUUGCCUCACAGUGUGAGAAGUUAUACUUGCAGCAUGUGCUCUCUUUGGAAAAAAGGUCAACACUUUGAAGCCCAUGGAAGAAGAAAAGGUGGACAUGACAAAACAGACUUCUUGCGGGAGAAUCACACAGAAUCUCUGAUGAGGUCACUUCCCAAACACAGGAGGUACACUUGGAGGAAAUUUACGCAUAAUAGAAGGACCAAGAAUCAUUGGUGUGUGGGGUGGGGGUGCAUGUCCUUGGUGUCUCUACACCAAAGACAUGUACAAAACAUAGAAAUAAACAAGAUGAGCUUGAACUCAUAAGCAAAUAUUAUGUAAUUGACAUCUCUGAAACUUGUGAGAUGAGUCCAGUGAUUAAAAUAUAGUAAUAGAGUCUUAUAACCUAUUUCUGAAAAAUAACCAAACAGGAAAGGAGGAGGAUUGGUAUUGUAUAUCAACUAUGUUUACACCUGUGAAGAGGUUCAUGAUAUAAAACCUGGAAGCCAGGUAGAGAGUGCCUGGGUAAAAAUGAAGUGGAAAAGGAACAACAGAGAAGUAAUUAUGGGGAUCUACUACAGAUCUCCAAGCCAGACUGAGGACUUAGAUGAUGUCUUUCAAGAACACAUUACCACACAUUCAGAAAGGAGAAAUGUAGUAGUAAUGGGGGAUGUGAAGUAUUCUGAUAUUUGUUAGAAGACAAACUUGGCAGCUGAUUGAAUGUAAGAUGAGUGUUUAAGGAGGAAGGGAUAUCAGUUACAGACUAAUAAAAUCUUUAUUAAGAGAAAUCCAUCAUUGAUAGCUAAGGUACUGAACCUAUGCUCAACCUAUGCUACAUUCUAAGGAAUGGAAGUGGAAAAUUCCAGAAAUUGAAAGGAAACGGAGAAAGAAGUGGAGAAAAGCACGAACCAGACGCAGCUUUCUUGACUGCAACUCUACAUUUCCCAGGCUCAACCAGACCAGGGACAGUUCCUUGUUGUCAUCCCUCAUAUCACAACUGUCUCCAGCCACAGUACUCCACCUCCUUUGCACUGGUAUGAGCCAGAGCACCCAUAUACAUGCUGGUACUCUGACUGCCAUCAGCCAGAGCUCUCUUAGUACUGGAGUCCUCAGCCAAAGCAGUGAAGGCCAGGUAAGUGGCAUGUUGUGACUGGGGACAGCUGCAACAUGGGGGCAGGAGACACGUUCUACACAGCUGGGCAUUAGGGACUCACUGCCACCUCUAAGGCAGCUAGGGUAGCCCUGACAGGACACAAUGCAGACCCAAUCCAGUGUCCCGGAAGGUUAAGAGGGAAUAUGAUAGCCAUGUUUAAAUAUUUAAAAGGAUAUCAUAUUGAAGCAGAACAAACUUAUUUUCUGCUGCUCCAAAGACUAGGACAUGGAGGGAUGGUUCAAACUACAAGAAAAGAGAUUCUACCAGAUUUAUUGUGAGGAUAAAUUUUGUGGAGAAAGUCAACCUUGCAAUUACUGAAAAGUGGGAUAUUAAUAUAAGUAAAAAGUCGACAACUAAAAAGAAGACUAUCAAAGAAGCAUUUUUGGAUGCUAUUAUUUUGGAACCUGCUCAGUCCGACAAUCCAUAAUUAUAUCACUUUUGACCCUACUGUGGAAAAAGAUGGAAGAUUUUUUUACUCAGACCUCAAAGACUGUUCACACUUCAGGGAGUCUUUUGGGAAAGUGCUUUGGUUGGAAAACAUACGUAUUACUUGUCUGCUCAGAAAAUGUCUUCUCUUCUCAAAACAUAAUUUUCUACACAGAAAACCCUAUAGACAAGUAGUGUGAGUAGAUUUUACAAAUUGCUUAGACAUGUAGUGUAGGAAACUUUUUAGUAAAGAUCGUCUGAUUUUACUUACAGCCGUCAUUCCACUUGGUCAUGUUUCCUAAUUAUUAAAAAAAAGUCAUAGGGAAAAAUGGAUAAGAAAUAAAUCAUCUUUGCUUUCUUACUGAGAUCCUAACUUAUGGUUGUCAGGCAAUAUGAGGACACAAAUGCAGUACAGUAUAUUAAUAGCCGUUUUUCUGGUUUUUGCCUAGUCAAUUAAGCAGUACUUUCUGCCUACUGAAUUUAAGGUUCCAACUCCCAGAACAGCAAGUUCAUCAACUGUCAGAGUCCAGUUUCAGUAAUUUAUUUUAGGGCCCUUGAGCUAUAGAACAUAUGUUUUCUUCAGCUAAUUUGGGGGGGACAUUGCUUCACCAAGGUGUAAAAACUCCAUAUUUGUCCUAGGUAAUAGAGAAUUUCUUGUUGCAUCUGCCACCAUUUUUUCUAUAGAUUAUAAUUGUUGAAUUGGACAAGUAUUGUUAUUGUUGUCUAUAAUUAUGCAUGAUGAAAUUGCAAAAGUAAGCUCUAGUGCAGUUUCAUUGGUACAACUGAAAAAGGAUCAGUCUAGAACAGCAGUGUUUAGUGGUAACCUGAAGCGAACUAGUAGAGUAUUAGCUUUCAUGCUUGUUCAGAGCCUGUGAUUAAUAUAGAACAAAGCAAUUUUUACAGCUUCUCUCAGCUCAGCGUGCAUAGGCAAGUUCGCCUACGUAAGAACAGUGAAGGUAAAAUUGAAUAGGUUGAUCAGGACACCUCUCAACACCCUUUCUGGCACAGGACCCUUUUGUGCUGCACUGCUAUUGUCAUUAGAUAACAUUUUUCCAUUGCUUUCUUCAAGGUUAUCUGUAUGCCUUUCAUUCUGCUUUCAAACUGUCUGCUGUUAUUUUCCCUUUUCCUGUGUUAUGAACAAAAAUAGUCAAUUAAAAUUUAGAGAAAGAAAACUUUGGAAGCUGAGUUUACGGGACCCACAUGGAAAGAACUGAAAGACAAGCCACUAAACUGCCAGGGGUUGGAUGCUGCAUGGGCUCCCCAUGGGAUCUCAGAGGGCAGCCUAUCACCAUCAUGCCCCCACUUCAAUUUAUUUAUUUUUUCUUCAUAAUAUUUUAGUGGAAUCUCAGAGUUUGAGCCCAUUGUUUCAUUAUGCCCUAAUCUCGGAAGAUGGAGCAAACAAGCUUGCUUCCUUUUCAAUAUGACAUCCUUUCAAAUAUUUAAACAUGGCUAUCAUGUUCCUUCUCUUCUCCAGACAAAACAUACCCAGCUGCCAAAGCUGCUUAUUUAUUUUGUAUACUUAUGGCCUCAACAUGAAUAAACUACUACUACUUUAAGCCACCUUGUGUCCUAUAUUUUGAGAAAGGAUAUAAAUCCUAUAACCCACCAUUCUUUUUGCUGUUAAUUGCAAUUGAAUUGACUUUGACUUAUGGUGACUAUUAAUGAGGGACAUCAAAGGUACCCGGUCACCAACUGCCUCUUGCAAACUCAGGGCUGUGUCUACCUUGAUUGAGUCUAUUCACCUGUGAUUAAGUCUUCCUUUGUUCCUACAGCCUGCUAACUUACCAAGUAUUAUUAUCUUUUCUAGUGAAUCAUGCCUUCUCGUGAUAUCAUCGGAGUAUGACAGUUUCAAUUUGACUUCUAAGCAGAGUUCGGCUUUAUUUUCUCUAGGAUCUAUUCAUUUGUUUUAUUUUGUUUUUGGCAGUCCAUGGUAUCUGAAGAAUUCCACUACUCCCAACAUCACAUUUUCCUGUUAGCUUUCUUCACUAUGUAUGCUCUCACAACUAUACAUAGAAAUGAGAAGUACAGUGGCAUGUGCAAUCCUAACUUAAAUAUUCAAUGAUAUAUGUUUACAUUUCAGGAUCUUGCCUAGUUCCUUCAUAGCUGUCCUUCAAAUUCCUAGCAGGCUUCUGAUUUUCUGAUUGCAGUCUCCAUUCUUAUUAAUAAAACGAAAAAUCUUUAACUAUUUCUGUAUCUUCAUCAUCUGUUUUAAUAUAAUGCAACUCAUCUGUGGUCAUUAUGUUUGUGGUCAAUUGUAAUCUUGUCUUUUUACUAUCUUUUUGAGUUUCUUCAGUGGGUGAUCCAGUACUUUGCUAUUCUCUGCUAGGAGUAUGGUGUUAUCUUCAUGUCUCAAAUUGCUGAACUUCCCUCAGUUUUCAUUCUUGCUUCUUUAUUUAUUUAUUUAUUAUUUCCAAUAUUUAUAUCCCGCCCUUCUUACCCGAAGGGAUUCAGGACAGCUUACAACACUGGCACAAUUAGAUGCCUAUACAAAAUCAAUCAACAAUACAUAAAAUCAGUUAAAAACAAUUAAAAUACAAUAUAAAAUUACAGUAUAUAAAUCUUCUGUGUCUCUUCCUCCUUUCUAUAUGAUAUGCUCUGAAUAUAUUGGUAUAUUAAGAGAUAAAAUGCAGUCUUGCUUGACCUUCUUUUCCAUUAGAAAUUAUUUUUUCCUAUUGUGUCCUGAGUAUAGGUUAUACAGCAGGAUAAUCAAAUAUUCUGGCAUGCCCAUUUCUUUGAUCCAUAGUGAUCUACACAAUCAAAGGAAUGAGUGGAAUACUAAAUCCACUUUGCUGUUGCAUUCGCCCAGCCUUAAGUAGUAUUUGUCCUUAGGAAAACUAGUUCUGUCAUGGAGUUGAAGAGCAACACCUUGAGAGUUUCUUCGCAAUAUCUCAUAUUGUACUUAACUGUAGAAAACAAAUAAUAAUGCAUGGGAAAUAAAUGAGAUUGUCCUAGUAUAUAAUUUAAAACAAAUUCUAAAUCACCCUAAAUACCCCAAAGGUAGCCCCACUUUUGAAUGUUGCUAAGAAAAUUCUCUGAAAGUUCUGGGGUCACCAUAAAUCAACAAACAACUUGAUGGCCUACACUGAACACACAGUGAACUUGGUGUUAUUCCCAGAUAUUACACUAUGUAACAAAAUUUGGAAAAAAAAUCUGUUCCUGGUUUGAAAGUGUUAUUUCCCAUUUAAUUGUGCAGUACUUACUUUGAAAGUACUGUAGUUGUUAUACUCCAGAAACUUUGUUUUUGUGGCUGUCACAAACUAUGUUGAAUUGAUUGAAACUCUAUGAGAUAUUGGUUGAAAAAUCCAGCAAAAUGUGCUGCAGGAUGUCCCGCAAAACAACAAAGUUUUUGCAGUUUAAUAAACUUUUUUCCAACAGCUCUCACAACCUCUGAGGAUUCCUGCCAUAGAUGUGAGUGAAAUGUCAGGAGAAAAUGCUUCUGGAAUAUGGCCAUACAGCCCAGAAAACUCACAGCAACCCAAUUUAGUGGGCAGCAGAAUUUAGUGGGGAAGGAGUUUCCAAGCUCAUUUCUCGCUAUGAUAAGUGCCUAGAUUUGAAUGAUGACUAUUUGAGUGUGGCUUUCAACUGCAUAUGGUAAAUGUUUUCUCCUAAACUUUGUUCAUUUUUAAUUCCAAAACGUAAUGUACUUUCUGGAUAGCCCUCGUAAUUUGAGGACCUUCUGACUAAAAUCUUAACAAAUUAACCUCAGAGGUUGGAUUUCAAGUCACAAGUUCUGAUUCUGUGUCCAGAUUUGAACAACAUCUCUGCUUACUAAAUAUUUUUUAAACUUGAAUUGAGAACACUGAAUUUGACAGGAAAGAAAUUGCUUUCAGGGUGAAAAGUAGGCAAAACAAAUUACAAUGAAUUGUUUCUAAGUGGCGAGUGGGGCUAUACAUAACUUAUUUAUGAGUUGACUGAAGAGUGAAUUUCAUAUUUGUACGGUAUCUGUGACAAGCAGCAGUCUUUCUAGGUUAAUCAGUUAAAGCUAAAGAGAAGACAUCAUGAAUCAUUCUCAGUCCAAAAUAAUGUGGUCAGGCUGUUGGGUGAUGAAAAGUCAUGUAACAGCAAUUCAUAUCAUCAUGGAUUGAAAGAAUAAGAUGAAAGUUGUUUUGGUUUCCUAAAAUACAUUGACAUUCAAAAUAUUUGAUAGUAUUUUUUUCAUUUUGACCUGCAGGUGGCAAUAGUGUCCUGGAGAUUCUUUUCCAAAGUUACUGCUUGACCAAGCACCUCGUAUUUAAUUCUUCCAUGUAUACAUAGUUUUCUACACAUGCUUCAAAUGCUUCCCUUUUCUUUUUAAAAAGAUCUCUUCAAAAAUCAUUAUACUCUCAGAAAUGUUGAAAGUGGAGUUGUAUUCGUUGGGACUUGUGGAAGACCAGAUGGGGAAGUAUUGGGAAACUACUACGAUAUAAAGCCACAGAAACAAUAUUAUUGUACGUUCAGAUGUAGAAAUAUACAAUCAUACCAACAAAUGAAGAAUGGGUAUUGAAACUGAGACUUUGUGGAAAUUGACAAAUUAACAAUGUUUUUUUCUGACCUUUGUAGAAGUCUGGUAAUUUAUGUAUUUAUUUAUUUUGCAGAGUAAAGAGAACAAUAUGUUGACAGUAGUUUCAGAUAAAUCAGUAAAUUGGUUUAAGCACUAGAAGUGCAUGAAUGAUAAUUAAGUUUAAAGAAGCUGUUUUGCUUAGUUUUAUAUAUUACUGUAUUUACUAGUUUCUAAUGCUCACUUUUUGGACUAAAUUACCUUCCCAAAAUCAGAUUUGUAUAAUAUGGUAAAUCCUUUUUUGGGUUUCAGGAUUUUAAAAAUUGAGGCAUGCAUUAGAUUCGAUGGUGCAUUAGAUUCUAGGAAAUGUGGUAUUUUAUAGGAAAGUUGGAAGUCAAAUAUAUUGUAUAUAGACAUCUUUUCUUUUUCUUGCUUUUCUUAUUUCUAAACUGUUUCUUACUGUAUUAAACUUUUUCUUAACAGCAUUGUCGAAGGCUUUCACAGACAGUAUCACUGGAGAGUUGUGUGGUUUCCGGGGUAUAUGGCCAUGUUCUAGCAGCAUUUUUCCUUGACGUUUUGCCUGCAUCUGUAGCUGGAGAGGAUUUCUUAGUGUGAUUCUCUUUUUAUAUUAACUCAUUUUUACUUCUGCAUUAUUCUUUUUUUGCGGUAUAUUUUAUUGUAUUUGUACAUCUCUAAAAUAAAUAUUAAUUAUAAUUAUGUUA